AUGAGCUGGAAUGAGAGCGUUAAUGACACAUCCUUAAGACGGGUUUGGACGAUCAACUUUUGGAGAAGAUGGGACUUAUCUGGGGGAGGCCGAGGACUGCGCCGCGGAAACAGAAUUCAGCGAGGCAAAUGA